AUGAGUCCGUCCAAGAAACAUAAGCAGCAUGGCAAUAGAAACAAAGGAGGAUCUAAAAGCAGUAUUCCUCCAUGCAAAACUUGUGGGAAGCUUCAUACUGGAGAAUGUCUAUUGGGGAAGAAGGGAUGCUACAACUGUGGUCAGGAAGGGCAUCCUUACUAUAGGUGCCCUAGUCCCGUGAGGACGUGUUUCAAUUGCGUUACUCCUGGUCACGUCAAAGCCGAAUGUCCGAAGCUUAAACAAAAGGGGCAAAAAGAUGGAAAGAAGGAUGAAAACCAGAAGGCUCGGGGAAGGAUGUUUCAGAUUACCACGGAGGAAGCUAAGGUUCUACCAAAUGUUGUAUCAGGUAUUUUCUUAGUCAACCUAAUACCCGUGAAUGUGUUAUUUGAUUCUGGUACUAGUAGGUCUUUUGUGUCGAGUGAACUUAUGUGCCAUUCCUCUUUUACAAAGGAACGAAUGUCUAUACCCUUAGAAGUAGAAGUAGCGGAUAGCAAAAGUUAUUUGCUAAGUGAAGUUUGCAGAAAUUGUAAGAUUACCAUAGAAAAUGAAGACUUCGAAAUAGAUCUUAUUCCUAUGGUUUUGGGGGAAUAUAGUAGUAGUAGGAAUGGAUUGGUUAUCCCGCUAUCAUGCGGAAAUACGAUGUGA